AUGUCUUUCCUUGUUUCCCUCUUAUGCUGCUCCAAAGAUUCUCCUGGCAAGCUGGAAGCGGAAACCCGACAUGCCCGCUUGGUCGCAGUCUCCCAUGGCAAUGAUCACUACAAUGGCUCUCUUCCCCGGCCACAAGAAUACCCCGACAAUCCUCCAGAAUACAAGGACAUAGCACGUCACCCUUUGAUCUCCAUAGACGAGAAAUGUCCUAUAGAUUUUGAACUGGUCGUCGAAGAUGAGGAUGACGCACCCUUGCCGAUCUCACCGAACUCUUCCGUCGUCUCGAUCCCCUCCACGCGGCUGACAGAUUUGACGUCUAUGCAAACAGGCGAAACUGCAGUAACACUGGCAAGAGGUAGUUUGGACCGGGGUUCGACUCAUGCGAGUCGUCCGCCAUCAUAUCAUUCAAAUCCCAGGAGGAGUCCAAGCCCCGUUUCAUUCGUCGGGCUGAACAGUGAAAGCGAAAGAGAUGGUGUCUGGCAACACCCAGUCAUGUCAAACAACUGGCUUGAAGUGCUACGGCAGGAUGCUAUCAGACGAGCUGCCACACAGGAUCGAAAUCGAGAGCGGGCUCCAGGGCCAUAUGGGGCUGCUAGAAGAGUGGGUUCGGGUUGA